AUGCCAGCUACCAGGAGUUCAGGUCCUCCGACGGCUGCCUCUCUCCAACCCAUCUUGAUGGAAGCCCUGGAGAACUUCAAACAAAAACACUCAAAACAAAACCAGGAUUUAAUUCACAAGAACAGAUUCUUACUGAAGACGACAGCCGAGCUUGAACGCGUGAUCAAGGAGCUGAAAAACGAAAAUCUGGAGCUAAGAAUCCAAGUCCAAAAGGCACAUUCACAGACACAACACUGGCGACAGAAGGCAGAAUCAUCAUCGAGUCAUCCAUUUUCACAUAGCCCAGACCAGACGAACCAGAUUCGAAUCGCCUUGCUCGACAUUGCCAACCGAUGCAAGACACUAGAAUCCUCGCUAUCCUAUCCGCAACCGACGCUCCCUUCCAAUCCAUCAACCUCAGUCCCCGCCUUCAACUCGACCUCGGCCGCCUCAACAACAGACUCGCUACCUGCUCUACUGCCUGGCCGAAAUCGGGCUGAGUUACUGGCGCUACGUGAGCGCAGGAGAAGUCAGUUCUCUAGCGACCCUGAGGAGCCUCGCCUAAGCUUUAUAAACGAGUGUAGUGGGGCAGAGGACCGCUCAGAAUCAACUGUGCUCAUUGAACCAUGGCAAUCAGGGUCGACAAAUAUGCAGCUACCAACCACGAAUUCGGCCGAUACCAUGAGCCGCGUUUCUGGUGCAUCUUCGCCGGGUCCAUCGAAUCAGCCCGCGAAGUUAUUGCUGGACCGUUUUGUUGUAUCUCGUCCUAAUCGACGCCACGAGCUGAUGGCCCCUGUCCCCAAAAAGUCUUCAAAUUCACGCGCGGGGCCUGAGCCGAUCCCGAACGGUCACUCAAAAACGUCUGCACAACAUGCUCAGCUUGAGGUCACAGAAGAGGCAUAUGACGAUCGAUCUGAAAAGCAGGACUCUCAUGAUGACGCCGAAAAUCAAAGCUUGGAGGAUGACCACACUUGUUCAGGAAGCUUUUCGAUACACAACCGUGCUAUGAGUCAGCUCGACCAAUCCUCAUCAUCCAGCAACUCGUCCGAAAGUGACCACGACUCCCAAGACGAUGAAGAUUCCGCCGAGCUCAAUGAGAACAUCCAUGUUAAUGCGCGCCCGAAAGAUCAAAAAGCCCUGGUAGAAGAUACCCAAUGGCGGUCCAGACAAACACAACGCCGAUCUAGAAAGCAGAGACGGACAAGUCUGACUCCUCUGCAUAUUCUUGAAAACGUUUCUCCUGCCGAGUUUUCGUUACCUACGCAUACGCUCCCAUCCCCAGAAAGUGUAGAACCCACUACACGAUCGCGGCGGCCGGAUGCGCCAGACAACCCGAAGCCCUCAGGGAGUGAGUUGAGCAAUGGGACAUUAACCAGUCAGCCAACAAGCGUCAAACGGCGCGACUCGGGCCUGACGAAAGAAGACACGGAUGAUGGUCCGGAUGAAUCCCAGCCCAGUCAAGACGAAGGCUGGGAGAAACGCCCAGUGACUAAGAAGAAACGCGUCCGCGCUGAGCUGGAUGCCGUCAGUGAAGAACACGCCGCGUCUGCUCAUCCGACUGGUCUUGUCGAGCAGGAGGCGGCUGUUGGCAGUUUAUCUGGAGCGGGAUUGCGAGAGGCCCGCCGUGCCCGCAAAGAGGUGAACUAUGCAUUGCCUAGCCUAAACAAAAAGAUGCGCCGCCCAGAUUCGGACGGGGCUUCGACCGUCAAGCGGAAGUCGAGCAUCAAGCCCCCUUCCACCCACCACAGCUCCCACCUAAAUACAUCCACGAGUAGUAGCAGCAGCACCAAGCCGCCGAAGUCCAGCGCGAGUGUCAAGUCUUCCGGGGCCACCCCGUCGACCGCGGGGCCCAGCAACACGAGCUGCAGCACAACCACCUCGUUGAACCUCGACUCGUCCCCCCUCACCUCCCCCUCCUCUUCGACCAACUCGCGCCGCUCCAAUACCUGCGCCCCUUCCACCCUCCAGCUCAAAAACCCACCCGUCAACUCUCAGCAUAAGGCCCCUCUUCAGCCUUCAUCCCUAGAUAACAAAGAUAUCCUCCUCAAUCGGGGCCGGAGACGCACUCAUAAUCUUUAA